AGAAGACUGUCAGAAGAGAAAGGCAGACCUGGUGGUCAUCAACAGCAGAGAAGAACUGAACCAGGAUUCCAGGUUGGUCAGCAGAAUGGUGGGUUCUUCCUGGAUUGGACUGAGUGAUCGAGAGAAGGAGGGGACCCACAAGUGGAUGGAUGGUACCCCCAUGACCUCAAGUUGGAGACACGUUAGACCACGCGAUGACGGGGGAGCAAGAGACUGUGUCGUAGCAGGGGAGGACGGCUGGUCUGAAGAACCGUGUAACAGACUGCACCACUGGAUCUGUGAGAAGAGCGUAGACCUGGAUCAUCUGGAGGCUGAGCGGAACAAAGAGGGUUCAGUGAUGCCCACGGAGGAGGAGGAGGCCCCCAGCAUCACAGAGUUCCACUCCUCUACCCACGUGUUUCACAGACCGCCCACCACCAGCAGUGACACCAGAGGUUCCAUCCUCUUCUUCAGCUCCAUCACCCAAUGUGGCAACGGUGGCAUCCUCCGUGCCACAUAG